ACUCAGCAUCGCAUCAUUCUCCACACUAAACGAUGGCUGGAUAGCUAGAGCUUGCUCUCCCUUGUUUGCACAAAGAACGUGAGGUUUCUAAAAGCUGUACGGUUGAAAUGUGAAAUUUCCUUUGGUUGUGUUUAAUCUAAUGAGCUAUGAAGCAGGAUGAUGAUAAACUCCACAGAAGUUUUGUUUUUCACUCUAACUGCCUACUUUCACACUGACGUUCUGAAUUAUUUAUAUUUUGCGGUUGUUUUGACUCUGUAUGUUCUGAUUGUUGGUUCCAAUGUCCUGCUGAUCGUGGUGAUCUGUGUGAACAGAAGCUUACAUGAACCCAUGUACCUGUUUCUUUGCAGCCUGUUAGUGAAUGAGCUGUACGGCAGCUCCAGCUUGUUUCCCUUCCUCCUGGUUCAGAUUCUCUCUGAUGUUCACACAGUUGCUGCUCCGCUCUGUUUCCUGCAGAUCUAUUGUGUCUACACCUACGCUCACAUUGAGUUCUGUAAUCUGGCAAUUAUGUCCUAUGACAGAUACCUGGCCAUCUGUCGUCCUCUGGAGUAUCACUCACUCAUGACACCUUCAAAGAUCACCAAGCUGGUAGCUCUGACCUGGUUGUUUCCUCUAAUUGAAUCUGUUGGGGCGAUGUUUCUAACAGUCUCUCUCCAGCUUUGUGGAAACACCAUUGACAAGGUGUACUGUGACAAUUACUCCAUCGUUAAGCUGGCCUGCUCUGAUACGACAGCAAAUAAUUUACUGGGAAUAGUUUAUGUAUUCACUGUAAUCCUGGGUAUAAUCCUUUUAAUUCUCUACACAUAUGCUAAGAUCCUGAAAGUAUGUUUUUCUGGAUCCAAACAGACUCGGCAGAAGGCCGUCACCACCUGCACGCCACACCUGGCUUCUCUGAUAAACUUCUCCUUUGGCUGUUUUUUUGACGUCAUUCAAAGCAGGUUUGAUAUGAGCCGAGUUCCCCUCGUGCUGCGAGUUCUUUUAUCUUUAUAUUUCCUCACUUGUCAGCCACUGUUUAACCCUCUGAUUUAUGGGCUCAACAUGUCAAAGAUACGGAGCCUCAGUAAACGUUUGGUUUUAGGGAAAAGUUGAGCUUCAUGAUGGGAUGGAACAUUUCAUCCAGUGUUUUCCGAGUUAAAGCAGGUUUUACAUUCUGCCUGUCAUUUUGAUGCAAUAAACUCUCCAUGCAUAUCUCUCUAUUUCACUUAGAUUCUUGUUUUUCUGCUGUUUCUGUCGUGACCUGCAGACUCUAAGUAAGACUAGUGAGACUACUGCAGACUAGUGAGCAGACUGAUUUUACAAUGACAACCAACAUAAAUAUGCAACCAUUAUAUCUGUUCUGCCUUUGUUCUGCAGGUAAUUAACAUGCUUAGGUGCAGAAGUGCAGGGCAUCCAGCUCACCUUUAUCAAAAAGUUUUUGCUAAAAUAAUCUGCAUUUUAUAUCAAACUCAAACAGUAGCUGUUUAAUUUUUAUAGGAGCUGGUUUCUAGCUGAAUGUGAUGGAAAUACAUUUCUGAAUGAUUAAUGGCACAGAUCAGAUGAAGGUAAUGAGGAGGAGAAUGCAGUGGGAACCAAACGGAACCUUCAGGGGAACAUCCUAUGGGAUAUCUGCAGAACACGAGUGCUGAUUAGAAAAGCUGGUGGCAAACAGGUCCCUGGAUUAACCAGAAAGUUCUAGGCAGGAACAUAUUCAUUACACCUAUAGAGUUUAACAACUGCAGGCCUCUACAGCUCUCUCUGUCUUAGUUACUGGUGCUUCUGGUGCUUUUCAUGGGGAUUAAAACCAAAACCAAUUCAUUGUUUUUAAUAUAAAGUGAGCUGAAAAUCCAUUAAGAGCUAUGGAAUAUCUAGCAG